AUCAUACUGUCAGAUUACUCAGAUUCUUAAAGUUACCGGUCGCAAGCUGCUUUAGUGCUUACAAUACAGUUUUCUUACAUACUUUUAUCUAUUACUCAUGUUGUAAAUAGCUGUGAUAGUGCAUAUAUUGACAAUUGAGUAUAUAAAAUAAAAUUCGUCUACAGAAAUAAAACGGCAACGGUUGGUUUUCGUGGACGUAAUAAGGAUGACAACAUAUUCCAUAAGCCUGGAUGAUGUGGAUCUAGCGCUGCUGCCUCUGCCAACACACUCUUACAACAACUUCCUGAAGAAAAAACACUACGAGUUUCACAUGAUGAAGUCAGUACCUGAGUCCGCCACUCAAUACACAUGCCACAUAUGUGCAAUCGAAGUUCCGGUAGCAUUCGCUUACGAGCAUGCCGCGAGCGGCAAACACCAAGCGAACGUUCGCAUAGCGAGCGUAGCGGCGGAGCGAAUGCGCGCGUUCAUCUCCGCUCUGCCCCCUCCAUUCGCCAAACCACCUGGACGCUUUUGCACCAACUGCGCGAUAGAAGUGGGUGAAGGCCACGAAAAAACGAAGGAACAUCGCAACGCUGCGAUGCUUGAUAACCUGUUAUGGGAUCUGAUGAAAGUAUACGUUCAUGAUGAAGACAAAGAAAUAUUUGAUAAUAAUAAAACAUGUGAGAAUAAUGAUAGCGGCAAAAUUAAUGAAUUUAAAAACGAUGUAAGUUUUGAAAAAGCCGGCGGAGAUAAUAUAAAUAACGUUAUGGUUGAUAAAUGUACAAAGAACAAUCAACCAACAGAAGUAAUAGAUGAAGUAACAGAUGUGGAAGACCAAAUUGAGGAUAAUAGUGAAACCACUGAUAUGACUGAGGAAUGUAAAGAAGAUGAAGAAUUAAGCACUAAUGAAACUGAAUACAAUCAGUCUUUAAACUCCGAUACGUCUAAAAAUAACGCAGAGGAAAGCACGGCAGAAAAGGCGACUAAUGUGAAUUGUAUAGAACAUUAUGAAGAAACACUACGCCAAUUCCUUAAUGAGAAUGAUUAUUUCGAGUAUCAAGAAUCAAUUAAAAUAAGUAUUAAGUUAAAUGAGUAUUCAUUAAUCAACAUUGAUAGUGACAAUUUUCACAGUUAUGAUAAAGUAUAUUUCAGUGAUAAUAAAAAAUGCAUAGUUUGCGAUUGCCUUUUAGAUUAUGAGGAAGCAGAAAUCCAUAAAUAUGAUUUUGAACAUUUAUGCAUAAUCGCGAACUUUGGAAACGAUGGGCAUUACGUAAGGGAGAUAGACGAAUUAUAUAGCCAUUGUAUUCUGUGUAAUCGUAAAAUCGAAAACAUAGAAAUGGAAACACAUAAGCAGAACCCAUGGCAUAAGAUGUGCAUGUCCAUGUAUACUAACACUCACAGUAUAGCAGACAAAAAGAAAAAAGUAGAGAUUACUGAAGAAAAAGUAAACGAAUCGCAACACAGACAAGAAUCAAGUGAUAAAACUGUUGGUUCUAUUGAAUAUCCAUAUGAAGUAACAGCCAUGGGCAAAGUACGCUGUGUGGUUUGUAAAUGCCAAGUGCCAAGCGGAUUACGUAACAGAGAAGAGCAUGUUAAAGGGAUAAGACAUCGUACUACGGUUCUUAAUAAAAUCCCUUAAAGCGAUGGCUACUCCUGCAGGAUCACAUUACUCUGUUUUUUUAAUUAAAUUACAGUUCACUUAUUGUUGUUGAAAAAACAUGAUAUUAUUGAUAGUUUUUAAUAUGUUGUCUCUGUCACACAAUGUCAUAUAACGUUAUAUAUACGUAUAAGCUUGUGUUAUAUAACGUUAAUCCAAUAACCAAGCCAGAGUGGGGACACCAUAAUUUAAGUACAGUUUUUUUUAUAAUUUAAGUAGUUUUUUUUGUUAUUUAUUACGAGAAGUCAAAAUUUUUGUCAUAGACAAAGCUCCACAAAACUACAUUUAGUUUGACUGCGGCGUCGGGUAUCACUGUUAUCAUACAUAAUUAAAUUAAUAUUAUAAUAA